UUUCCCUCUUUACUUCGUCCUGAUACUUCACGCACUGCUGGAGAAGCCCAGAAGACAAAGAAGCCAUGAAGAACACACUGCUGAAGAUGCUGGUGGCCCUGACGUGCACGCUGGCUGCCUGCGUAGAUGUCACGCCUGUAACAGAUUUCGACUCGGAGAAGAUGUCAGGCAAGUGGUACAUGGUUGGCAUGGCCACUAACGCCCAGUGGUUUGUCAGCCACAAGGCAGGGAUGAAGGUGGGCACUGCCAUUUUUGUGCCAACUGAUGGAGGAGACCUGGAUCUUUCUUAUGCCACCCUGAAUGAAGAUGGUACCUGCUGGAGAAUGACUCACCUGGCUAAGAAAACAGAAACCCCUGGACGCUUCACCUUCCACAGCCACAUUUGGAACAAUGACAACGACAUGCGCAUCGUUGAUGUAGUGUAUGAUGACUACGCUGUGGUCCACACAAUCAAGACCAAGAAUGGAGUGUCUGAGGUCCUCAACAAGCUUUACAGUCGCAGGCCUGAGAUCAGCGUCGAGUUGCAGCAGAAGUUCACACAGUUCUCCCAGGAGACUGGUGUCCUCCCUGACAACAUUGUCAUCUUGCCUGCGAAUGCCGAGUGUCCCGAGGUCUGAGGAGUCCCUGCUGUCCUUCAUCUCUUGCUCUCUGAAGUCCCAGGCUUUCAUCUCAGAUAAAUCCUGUUUUGUCCUCCUUGCUGUGAUGUUUCCUGCAUCACAAAGCUGCACCUGAGACAAUGAAACCCAAGCUUUAUUACUCCAGUCCCCGCUGCGUACCAAAGACCGAUCCUAAU